CAUCAUUCAGCUCGAACUUGGAAAGUGGGUUGAAGGACAAAGCGUCACGAAGAGUUCUGCCUGCAGCGCGACGAAAUAUUGGCUCACGCAGACAAUGGAAACAUGCACAGGUAGGUAUUGGAGAGAUAACGCAUGGCCAGUCUGGCCCGGGCAGCUCAGCAACCUGGAGGCACGAAUUCCACCUCGGCGCCGGCUAACAGCGGCAGUCUGCCUCGGGAGGCUCAACAGCGGGCUCCAGCCCAGACUCAUGGGAUAUCAAGCCAACACUCAGCCCAACUAACGCCAAGGCCAGCAGCGAGCCAGCCCAGCCGAAAAAAAAGGAGACAAGUCUGCAUGCCAAGACACUCCAGCAGCCCAGCCUUCACCAACAACCACAAGCCACCACCCACGCACGGUAGCAUAUUAAAUCGCCAUUAUUCGCCGAGAGCCAGCCCAGCCGAAAAGAGAGGCGAUUUUGCAAGAAAACCUGAAAUCAAGCUGCACGACGAUACAUGAACGACAAUGCAUGAACGACAAUGCAAGCUAGCUACGGCACCGCACAAUCACUCCAGCGGUCCAGCCUCUGCCAUCAACCCAAAGCCUACCAGCCACCACCCACGCCCGGUGCCAAAUCACACCACCACAUUAGCCGAGGCCAGCAGCGAGCCGGUAUAGCCGAAAAAGGGGACAGGUUUGCAAGCCAUGAAGCUAAAAGCAGGCUGCAACAGACC